ACUUUUGUUUACGAAGUAUUUAUUUAUUUUCUCAAUUUUUGCCAUUCUCAGUUAACUCACUCUUACUGAAUUACAGUUCUCAGUGCUUUGAGCCCGUGAAUGGCUAGGGAACGUGGUGAAAUCUUGUAUACGAUUUACAGAGCCCUUACGUACGGCCUGUCGCCACUGUUAUACCUCCAUCUGCGGUGGCGCAAACGCCGCGGCCUCGAGCAUCCCCUCCGGUGGGUCGAGCGUCUUGGUCGUCCUUCUCUCCCUCGUCCCGCUGGUCCCCUGGUCUGGUUCCAUGCCGUCUCGCUAGGCGAGGGAAUGGCAGCGAUUCCAGUGAUCAAAUGCUGCAUAGAAAGGAGGCCGGAUGUAACGGUCCUAAUGACUACAACCACAACAUCAGCAUUUGAAGUUAUAAAAAACCUGCUUCCAAGUAAUGUUAUAUAUCAGUUCUCUCCUCUUGACAUUCCUCAUGCCAUUGAUGCCUUUCUCUGUUACUGGAGGCCAACUGCAGUCAUAUUGAUGGAAAGUGAACUUUGGCCAAAUCUUAUUAUGUGUGCUGCAAAAAAUGGGAUCACCUUGGCAUUGCUUAAUGCUAGGAUGUCUAGAACGUCAUAUCAAAAUUGGUCUCUACCGGUGAUUCUUCCCUUGACAUCAUUAUUGCUGUCAAAAUUUUCACUGAUUGUCCCAUUGAGCACUACACAAGGAAUCCAUUUUCAGCUGCUGCAGGCUUCGCCAUUUAUCAUUAACUUUUGCGGUGACCUAAAGUAUGCUGUAGAGAACAUUGACACUGCUGAAAGGGAUAAUAGAGUUUUGGAAGAUUUGAAGGUACAGCUUGCUGAGAAAAAGAUGUGGUUGGCUUCUUCCAUUCACAAAGGCGAAGAAGAAGUCAUGUUAGAAGUCCACAAAGCACUAAAGCAAAUGUAUCGGAAUAUAUUUACUAUCAUUGUGCCUCGACAUCCGCAACAUGGGCAAGAAAUUGCUUUGGAGUUGCAGAAAGAACAACUGAGUGUAGCCUUAAGGUCCCGUAAUGAUAAAAUAAUGCCAGAAACAAACAUCUAUGUGGUUGACACAUUAGGUGAACUAAGAAAAUUCUAUAGUCUAACGCCUAUUGCUGUAGUUGGAGGUUCUUUUUUACCUGGAUCAGCUGGUCAUAACAUUUCAGAAGCUGCUGCAGCAGGAUGUGCUGUUCUGACAGGUCCUUACAUUGGUCACUUCUCACACAUGGCAAAGCAGAUGCAACAGCUUAAUCCUUUGUCAGUCCAGCAGGUUUCUCGAGACACCCUUGUUGAAGCUGUGAGUGAGCUUCUUGGCGAUGAAUUAACUCUGGAAGCACACCGUAAUGCUGCAAAACAAGCAUAUCAAGCUCUUUCUAAAGGGAUCAUCGAAAACCUGUGGCAUUUGUUAGGCGUCCACAUUUUUGACAAAACAAUGGGAAAAUGAAGUCUCAGAAUGGAAAACUCUGUCCAAAAUCUGGAAUUUGCAAUCGCCCUGGAGCCUGGAGGGUGGUACAAAAAGGGGGAUGGGAACAGUAAAGACUGAUAAAGAGAAAAGUAGUAAUGGCUCAAAUUUCAAAUACCUUUCUCGCCAAUACAAUAUCCUCGCACCCAUUUCCACUUGUUCCCUUAGUGCCAUACAGGUUUGUCUCUUAGACGAAUUCUAAGAGAGAUCAUACUCGUAAUUUGUGUAUAGUGUCACGUAUGCCCCCCAUAUAUUACACUAAUAUAUAAAUAUGAAACCAAAGGUAUAAAUA